GACGAGGGAGGGACGGACGCAUGCAGGGAGAGGGGCAGCUUCCGCUUGCUGAGCGGAGCUACUGGUUGGGGAGAGCGCGAGGUUGGGGACGAUAGUUCGGGGCCCCAGCUUUCCAUCUGCCUCCGGCUGUGGGAUGGAGCGAGUUGCACUGCUGAAAAACAGGGACUGUCCGCACCCUUGUCAGGCGCCUCGUGCUAGGCAGGAUUGCUGAACUAUAUACUACGUUUACAAAAAUGGAUGAAGAACCUGAAAGAACCAAGCGGUGGGAGGGCGGCUAUGAGAGGACAUGGGAAAUUCUUAAAGAAGAUGAAACUGGCUCACUUAAAGCUACCAUAGAAGAUAUUCUUUUCAAGGCAAAGAGGAAAAGAGUAUUUGAGCACCAUGGACAAGUUCGGCUUGGAAUGAUGCGCCACCUUUAUGUGGUAGUAGAUGGAUCGAGAACAAUGGAGGACCAAGACUUGAAGCCCAAUAGACUGACAUGUACUUUAAAGUUGUUGGAAUACUUCGUAGAAGAAUAUUUUGAUCAAAAUCCUAUCAGUCAGAUUGGAAUAAUUGUAACUAAGAGUAAAAGAGCUGAAAAACUGACUGAACUCUCAGGAAACCCAAGGAAACAUAUAACAUCUUUGAAGAAAGCCAUAGAUAUGACCUGCCAUGGAGAACCUUCUCUCUAUAACUCCUUAAGCAUGGCUAUGCAGACCCUGAAACACAUGCCUGGACAUACAAGUAGAGAAGUCCUAAUCAUCUUUAGCAGCCUUACAACUUGUGAUCCAUCUAAUAUUUAUGAGCUAAUCAAGACUCUAAAGGCAGCUAAAAUUCGAGUGUCUGUUAUUGGAUUGUCUGCAGAAGUUCGGGUUUGCACUGUACUUGCUCGUGAAACUGGUGGCACAUACCAUGUUAUUUUAGAUGAAACCCAUUACAAAGAGCUGUUAACACAUCAUGUUAGCCCUCCUCCUGCCAGCUCAAGCUCUGAGUGUUCUCUCAUUCGUAUGGGAUUUCCUCAGCACACCAUUGCUUCUUUGUCUGAUCAGGAUGCAAAACCUUCCUUCAGCAUGGCGCAUUUGGAUAAUAGCACUGAACCAGGUCUCACAUUAGGAGGCUAUUUCUGUCCACAAUGUCGGGCAAAGUACUGUGAGCUUCCUGUCGAAUGUAAAAUAUGUGGUCUUACUUUGGUGUCUGCACCUCAUUUGGCACGGUCUUACCAUCAUUUAUUUCCUUUGGAUGCUUUUCAAGAAAUUCCUCUAGAAGAAUAUAAAGGCGAAAGAUUUUGUUAUGGAUGUCAGGGGGAAUUGAAAGACCAACAUGUCUAUGUUUGCACAGUGUGCCAGAAUGUUUUCUGUGUGGACUGUGAUGUUUUUGUUCAUGACUCUCUCCACUGUUGUCCUGGCUGUAUUCAUAAGAUCCCAGCUCCAUCAGGGUAUUUUAUCACAGCAGCAGAAAUGAAACUGGAAGAAAGACAACCUCAAUAUCUGAUAAAAAGGUGUGAAAAUUCAGGGGAAAGCAAAACAGAAUCCUUUAUCACAAAUAGAACUUUGACUAUGACUCUCAGCCAAUGCUAUUACUCAAGAGAACAUGUUGAUUUACACAAUUCAUACUUGUUUCACUGAAGAUCAGCUCCACCUCACACCAUCCAGAUGUCAUCCCCAUUCUUUCCAUCUAACUCUUCCCAAUUAUAGCUGGAUUAUCAGUCUCAUUGUGAGGCUCCCUCAGUAUAUAAGCUUUCUUUUUUUCUUUUCUUUAUACUUUCAACUUCCUAGACUGUGAUUUUGAUCUCUUGAAGUUCAGUUAGGCACUUUACAUUUUCUGUAGAGCACAGGUGAAGGUACACUGGGGCUGUAGAAGAGUAAUAGAAAAAUGAGGGAAAACCUCUUGGUGCCUGGGAAUAGGAAAGGCCAACAUCAAGACUUAGUCCUGGACCAUGUGUAGAAUCAAGACCAUAACCAUAAUUAAGGGAGGUGGUAAGUCAAUUUUUGAGGCUCAGUCCUCCCAAGACUAGGAUCUGUAAAUGACAGAAGCCUCCCCUGUUCCCAAGCAUAAGCCCAACACAGAGGCAAAGCCACUGCCAUGCACAACCUGGCACCUUGCGGGGGAUGAGGUUGUGGGGAAUGUGGCCACUCAGAGAAGGCUGAAACUGCUGCCCAAUGCCCAACAUCAGGAAGUCCUCCAUCCUCCAGU